CUUACCACGUCCUGUUCCGAUUCUGCCAAGAUGGCACCCAAAAGGAAAACCCCCAAGAAGCCCAAGGUGGAUAAAGAGGAUGCAUCCAUCACCUCAGUGAUGGUGGAAGAUGCUCUGCUAGAUGUUGAACACCUCAAUCACUUGAAUGGUUUGUAUGACAGCAGCUCCAACGGCUUCCACUGCACGGCCACAGAAGUUGAAGCGCCAGACCACGGAGCCAGCCUUCUGGAGGGGGUGAACCAGAUGCGCCAGAAGCGGUUCCUCUGCGAUCUCACCAUUGCCACCAAAACAAAGUCCUUCGAGGUGCAUAAACUCAUCCUGGCUUCCUGCAGUGAGUACUUCUACCGCCUGCUGCAGAGAGACCCUCAUCUGCAACGGGUGGAGCUCCAUGACAUCUCCCCACUGGGCCUGACCACCAUCAUCACCUAUGCCUACACGGGGAAGCUGAGCCUCUCGCUGUACACCAUCGGCAGCACCAUCGCCGCAGCCACCCAGCUGCAGGUGCCGGCACUGCUGAAUAUUUGCAGCAACUUCCUUGUUCGGGAGAUGGCUGUGGAGAACUGCGUCUACAUCACCAACAUCUCGGCCACCUAUGGCCUCAACCAGGUGAAAGACGCCACAUGGAAAUUCAUCCGGGAAAACUUCCUGGAGUUCUCCAAGACUGACCAGUUCAUGAAACUCCCCUUCGAUCAGAUCAAAGAGCUGCUGAUGGAUGAUGGUCUGCAGAUACCCAGCGAGGUUGCAGCCUUCCAGAUCGCUGUCAAGUGGCUGGAGUUUGACCCAAAACGGGUCCGAUAUGCUGCUGACCUCCUGAGCAACAUUCGAUUUGGCACAAUCUCAGCUCCAGACUUGGUCAACCACGUGCAACCUGUGCCACGCAUGAUGCAAGAUCCGCAGUGCCACAAGCUCCUUGUGGAUGCUAUGAAUUACCACCUGCUCCCCCACCAGCAAAACAGCCUUCAGUCUCGGAGAACCAGGAUACGGGGAGGCCAGAGGGUGCUUGUCACAGUUGGGGGUCGUCCAGCUUUGACUGAGAAGGCUCUUAGUAGGGAGAUCAGCUACAGAGAUGCAGAGGGAAACUGGAACAAGCUGACAGAGAUGCCAGCAAAAAGUUUUAACCAGUGCGUGGUGGUGAUGGAUGGAUUCAUCUACGUCGCGGGUGGUGAAGACCAAAACGAUGCCAGGAACCAGGCCAAGCAUGCUGUCAGCAGCCUGAGCAGGUACGACCCACGCUUCAACACUUGGCUGCACCUGGCCAGCAUGCAGCACAGGAGGACCCACUUCAGCCUGAGCGCCUGCGAUGGGCUCCUCUACGCUGUCGGAGGGCGCAACGCCGAGGGCACUUUGGCAUCUGUCGAGUGCUACGUCCCCACUGCCAACAGCUGGCAGAGCAAGGCAAGCCUGGAGACACCCUGCUGCUGCCACGCCACCACUGUCAUUGACGGCAAGCUUCUGGUUACCGGCGGCUACAUCACCCAUGCCUAUUCCCGCACCGUGUGCUGCUACGAGCCCAGCACCGACGCGUGGAAGGAGCAGGCAAGGCUCAGCACCCCGCGGGGAUGGCACUGCGCAGCCACCGUGGCCGGCCGAGCGUAUGUGGUGGGUGGCAGCCAGCUGGGUCCCCAGGGCGAGCGGGUGGACGUGAUGCCUGUGGAGUGCUACAGCCCACUCACGGGGCAGUGGAGUUACGUGGCGCCUCUGCCCACCGGGGUCAGCACGGCCGGGGUGGCUCUGCUUGAGGGGCGUUUGUGCCUGGUGGGUGGCUGGAACGAGAGCGGGAAGAGGUAUCAGAAAUGUGUGCAGUGCUACAACCCUGACCUCAACGAGUGGGCUGAGGAUGAGGACCUCCCCGAGGCCACCGUGGGUGUCUCGUGCUGCACCAUCACCCUCCCACGCCCCCUGAGCUCUGGGUCCCGGGCCAGCUCCGUGGCAUCUGCAGCAGCCAGCACAUAAAGAGGCCUGUGUGCCACGUGGCUUAUGCCAGCAGCCAGGGAAGGAGACAGAGCUAGGUGUGGGGUAGCUGGACGGGGAGGCAUGCUGAUGUUUGGAGUUACUGCAAAGUCUCAGACACUCUUGCUCUGUCAUGGCAAGUUUUGAGGUCUAGGAAAGUGUAUUCUGAGCUGCCUGCAUCUCCAUGCCGCAGCAUAAGCAGGGAUUGCUCAAGUGAGGCAGCGAUGGAAGCAAGCAGGACAGAAGAGCUUUUCUCCUCAGCCUGCAGCACUGUAUCACAGCACGGACUGGAAAAAUGGGAAAAAAACCUAGAAUAACGCAGAGGAAAUUCUACUGUAGGCAUAGUAUUGCGAGACACUUUCAAGACAACAGUAGUAAUGGUAUUAAGUACAAGAAAGUGACAGGUCUAGAAUAGAUCCUGUUGCUCACAUAGCAUUUACUCAAGGGAAAGAUAUUUAAUAUUUACUCUUUGAAGCUAAACACCUUCAGACCAGGAAUAAAGUG